CUACGCAUGCUCUUCGAGCUUCCCUCAGAGUAACGAUGGCGGCGCGCGCUCUGCUUGCUUCCACUUUGCGCGUGUCGCGGCUGGCCGGUCGCAUCGCGCACGUGAGGUGCGCGAGCGGAGGAGGAAUUCCUACUGAUGAACAGCAGGCCACCGGGCUGGAGAAGGUUAUUCUGCACUCCAUGAAGGCAGGAACGGACCCUUACAGCAUGCUGAAGCCUAAGCAGUACUCCGGCUCCAAGCAGGACCCUCACAUUGUCCCCUCCGUCACCAACAAGAGGAUCGUGGGCUGCGUCUGUGAGGAGGAUAAUACGGCCAUCGUGUGGUUCUGGCUCCACGAGGGAGAAGCUCAGCGCUGUCCGUCCUGCGGAUCACAUUACAAACUGGUGCCCCAUGACCUGCCUCACUGACCGAGAGACACAGAUGGACGAAGAGAGAAAGAGCGCCUUUAAAUUCCAGUAACUUAAACGAGAAAACCUCAUUUGCAUUUGAAUGUGUAAUGCUCUUAAUACUUGAGAGGUCAUUCCGCCUGGUGUGGGAAACAAUACAACUCCGAAAAAACAGUUUACAUAAAUUAUACUGUACUGUGUAUUUUACCCUUGGACCACUUACACCUAAUAAACAAUAUGAACCUUAA